AUGACGAUAACCCGCCCCAGGUUGAGUCUUUUCUCUGCCCUACGAUCUCCAUACUCUGCACGCCGCUUCUCGACCGAGUCGCGCUUAACAUCGGACCAUGUCCGCAUCGUGGAGGUUGGCGCUCGGGAUGGACUGCAGAAUGAGAAAAAAACAAUUUCAAUGCAAACAAAGCUUGAGUUAAUCGAGCGACUGGCUAAGACAGGUGUCACCACCAUUGAAGCUGGCUCAUUUGUGCCCGCAAAAUGGGUACCCCAGAUGGCUAGCACAGCUGAGAUUUGUGAGCACCUCCUUACAAAACCGCCUCAAGCACAAUCUACAAUUGCAUACAAUUAUCUUGUCCCCAACAUCAGAGGACUGGAGAACCUGGUCAAGAUCCUGGAUGACACAGGAGUCUCCGCGGACGCGACUGGGGAGACCUCAAAGUCAGCGACGACUACAGAGGUGUCUCUUUUUGCUGCAGCAACGGAAGCUUUCUCUAAAGCUAACACCAACUGCUCCAUUACCGAGUCACUGGAGCGCAUCAAGCCGAUUGUCGCAUUGGCAAGGAGCAAGAAUAUCCGGGUACGCGGAUAUGUCUCUGUUGCACUAGGAUGCCCAUAUGAAGGCCCCGAUGUGGAUCCUGUCAAGGUGGCUGAUAUUACCGCCACCCUACUGGAGAUGGGAGCGGAUGAGGUCUCAGUGGCGGACACAACGGGUAUGGGCACCGCUCCUCGGACCAUGGAGCUCAUGCAAGCCCUCAAGGCUGCUGGCAUCGCUAACACAGACUUGGCGUUGCACUUCCAUGAUACCUAUGGACAGGCUUUGGUGAACACAAUCGUCGGCCUGGAGCAUGGUGUCCGCAUUUUCGACAGCAGUGUGGCUGGGCUUGGUGGUUGCCCGUAUUCUAAGGGCGCGACAGGGAAUGUGGCGACGGAGGACCUUGUGCACACGAUUCACAGCCUGGGAAUGCAUACCGGGGUCAGCUUAGAUGAGAUGUCGAAAAUCGGAGGUUGGAUUAGUGAGGAGCUGGGCCGAGCUAAUGGCAGCAGGGCUGGAAAAGCGACUCUCGCCCGUCUCGCAACAGAAAAAGCGUCACUUUGA